AUGCAACACAUUCCGGCCAUGGCAUUGCUGCGGGCGCCCAUCGUCAUCAUCGAGCCCACUGCAGUGCACUCGCACAGCCUCAUCCUACUUCACGGCAUGCACUGCGACGGCCGGAUGUUUCAGCGCUUGCCGCAGAUUCUGACGGCGCUCGGUGGCAACGCGUCGGGCACGCGCUUCAUCUUCCCGUCGUCGCCGGACCUGAGUCCGGCGUGCGUGCGUGGCGAGACGCUCGCAGUGCAAAAACCGCUGCGGGAGCGCACCGUUCUCAGCUCUCCGAGCCGUGAGCAGGCCGUGCACCGGCUGCUCGACGCCGAGGUGGCGUCGCUCGGCGGCGACCCUUCUCGCGUCGCCAUCGGAGGCAACUCGCAGGGAGGCACGGUCGCCAUCCACGCGGCCCUGACCUACCCGAAGCCGCUCGCCGCCCUCUUCUCCCUCUGCUCCAUCCUGCUCGACGUAACGCCCGCGCCGCCCGCCCUCGCCGAUCGGCUUCCGGUCUACGUGUUCACGGCAGAGUUCGACCAGGAGUACGCGCCCCGCUUCCAGCACAAGUGCUUCAAGCGGCUCGCAGACGUUGGCUUUCGACUCUUUUCGCAUGUCGAGCCAGGCGCCGCCCUCUCCACACACCUCUCCGCUGGCCCACCUCGCCUCGACCACUACACCACCUCCACCGCCGAGCUGCACCACGCCGCCGCCUGGGCCUCCCUCGCGCUGCACGGCCGCCCACUCCCGCCCGUGACGUACCGCGACGUCCCCUCCGCCGUGCCGCAGCCGCCGCUCGACUUUUACCACCGCGGCGCGGGCGCCAUCCUGUCGGAGCCGCCCGACGGAGGAGCGGCCGGCGGCUGGUGGGCCUCCUGGUGGGGAACAAGUGGGCGCGUGGGUGCGAACGCUUCUUAG